GAUGCCAAACUGGGGAGGAGGAAAGAAAUGUGGCGUCUGCCAGAAGGCAGUGUACUUCGCCGAGGAGGUGCAGUGUGAAGGCAGCAGCUUCCACAAGUCGUGCUUCUUGUGCAUGGUCUGUAAGAAGAACUUGGACAGCACCACUGUUGCUGUGCAUGGUGAGGAGAUCUACUGCAAGUCCUGCUAUGGCAAGAAGUACGGCCCCAAGGGCUAUGGGUAUGGGCAGGGAGCCGGGACCCUCAGCACUGACAAGGGCGAGUCUCUGGGAAUCAAAUAUGAAGAGGGCCAGCCCCACCGACCCACCAACCCUAAUGCAUCCAGAAUGGCCCAGAAAGUCGGGGGUGCUGAUGGGUGCCCUCGCUGUGGCCAAGCAGUGUAUGCAGCCGAGAAGGUGAUUGGAGCCGGAAAGUCCUGGCACAAGUCCUGCUUCCGCUGUGCCAAGUGUGGCAAAAGCCUGGAGUCCACCACCCUGGCAGACAAGGAUGGGGAGAUCUACUGCAAAGGUUGCUACGCCAAGAACUUUGGUCCCAAGGGCUUUGGCUUUGGGCAAGGCGCUGGGGCACUCGUCCACUCACAGUGAGGCACCAGGAGCUGGGCUGUCUGCUGGCUCAGGGCUUGUCCAUACCAGCCUGUGCUGCCCACCCUUCCCGCACCCUCAGCGAGGGUCCUCACCAUCAGUAACCACCCGCUGCUUCACAGCAGGAGCCCCUUCCUCCCUGCCCUGACCUGGCGCACCCCAAAGCUGUGGGAUUCCCA